ACGACCCAUUCGAGAUAUACCCACACUGUGGAUUGUUGUGCAUCUCGUCUCUCUCUCUCUCUCUCUCUCUCUCUCUCUCUUUCUCUCUCUCUCUCUCUCUCUCUCUCUCGCUUCUCUGCUGGUGGAAACCCACCCCAACUAUGCGAAGCCUGGCAUUACAUACGCUUGCGAUACUGGGCUUGGGUGUGAUGCCGCUCGGACGCUGCGACGGGUUCUCUGCAAUAUCGUCCGUUUUGAAGCUCAGCAACCCGCCGAGCAUGAUCAUGCUCGGCAAGACUUCUACCAUCCAGGGUGUCCCACGAUGUAGACGGCAACGGGCCGGCGGUUUACCGGGCUGCGAAGAAGGCUCUUCGUUCUUCCCCUCGACAUCUUUCCCCUAUCCUCCAGCAGUGGCAGCGCCAGACUCAACACCCCAAAGUUGCACUACCCGGAUGUGUCUGGGCUCUCACAACGCUGUUGGCAUGCAGGACACCAGAGCUUGGAGUGUGUGCUCCAUUCCUCGUGCUCUUUGGUACUGCCGUGGCUUGGUUUACGUCGGCAUGGGAAACGUUCCGAGUUUGGAUGUUCUCUUUGGCCGAGCUAUUACAACGCAAAUCUCCCGUCAUCCAGACGAGCACAACGUCAUCUCUGGCGUGUUGGGGGAACUGGCCAAUAUUCGCACGCCCGCAGCCCUUCUCGGCGGCGCCGCCCUCGGCACGAUGUUCCUUCAGCCCAAGCCCGAUGCCAACAAGCGGCUCCAUCUCCUCUACACCCUGCUCUCUACCUCCGCCUUCUCGCUCCAGCUGGUGUGCGUGCUUUGCUCUACGCUCACGUACACGUCGAUAGCGAGCCGUCCCGAGGCUAUGGCGAUAUCGGCUAUCAGCUAUCUGUCAGAGCAGAUGCAGUGGGAGUUCUUCGUCAUUCGGGGCAGUUUCGUUUAUGGCCUCUUCUCCUUCCUCGCAGCGCUUGCCUGCAGAGGCUGGCUUACUUUCUACGAGGAAAAGGAAAGAGGACCCGCAUGGGUCAUCAUGGCCGUCCUGGCGAGCUCGGCGAUUUUCCUACUCAAUUUCAUCCACUACACCCAAAAUUCACUGACCCUUUGUCUCGGGGGCAUGACCAAGGCCUUGAUCUCACUAACGCUGCGCAACAUGUACGACACAAAGAAGCGGUUCUUUCGUCAUGUACUGGCGGCCUUCGGCAUCUGGGGCGCCGUGAAGCUUCUCAAGCUCGGGCCAAGUAAAGGCGCUAAGCGCAGUGCGGAGAAAGGGACUGCAGUAUCAACUGCGCCACCUCCUCAGAGCGGAAGAGAGCGGAAGUAAUUUGUCUGUUUGAGCUUGAGUGUCAAGGGUAUCCGCGUAUUUGUAUUUGUUCAUUGUCUCUUCCCCCGACCAAGAAACAAGCCGGUCGCCCCGGUGGUCUAGUUGGUAUCCUCGAAACUUUCUAGAGGCCAGGUCAGGGGUUCGAAUCCCGGCGUAAGGGAGCUUUUCCGUCGCUUCCGCUCCUUGCCUAGUGGAUAGCGCUAGUUCGUGUGUAAACAGAGGGAAGAGAGUGCUCAACUCUUCUCGCAUUAAAAUCGAAGGCAGCGCACCGC